AUGGAGAUUGACUCGACGAAGAACGGGAAGAAGCCCUGGGACGGCGACGACGGCGGGUCCGACGACGGCAACGAAGUCGAGGCCGAAGAGGCCCUGGAGCAGAUCCGGGCGUGGGAGCGGCGGUACGACCAGCACCAUGCGUAUGAGGAGCUCGCGGAGGACGCGCACGGCAACCUCGUGUUGACCUCCGCCACCGCGGAGCGGCAGGCCAAGCGGCAGCGCCUCGCGCACCAGCAGCGCCUGUCUCGCGUCCGGCGCGGCAUGAUCCGGUACGUCGUCGUGGUCUUCGACCUCUCGGAGGCCGCGACGCAGACCGACAUGCGGCAGCCGCGCGCGCAGAUCUUCAAGGAGGCGCUCACGCGCUUUGCGCGGCAGUUCUUCGAGCUCAACCCCCUGUCGCAGCUCGGACUGAUGAUCGCGCGGGACCGGGAGACGAAGAGGGUGCUGGAGCUGAGCAGCAGCCCGUCGGCGUUGGAAGCGGCGCUGCAGAAGGCGCUGUCGGACCGGCCAGGGGGGCGCUUGUCGGCGCAGACCGCGCUCGACGCGACUGUCGCUGCGCUGUCGUCGAUGCCCGUGUACGGGCUGCGCGAGUGCCUGCUGCUGCUGUCGUCGCUCGGGACGCAGGACGCAGGCGACAUUUUCGAGACCCUGGAGGUCGUGAAGCGCGAGAAGAUCCGCGUCAGCGUCGUCGGCGUCGGCGGCGAGGUCCGCGUCCUGCGCAAGAUCGCGGACGCCACCAGCGGCACCUACACCGUCCACGCCUCCGAGGCGCAGCUCACCGAUGCGGUCCUGUCGCACUGCCAGCCGCCCGCCGCGACGCAGCGCCAGGCCCCGGCCUCGCUCGUCCAGAUGGGCUUCCCCUCGCAGCGCCUCGGGCUCAGCGCCGUCUCGUUCCUCGGCCCGGAGUGCAUCAUUGCCCCGGGGGGGUGCAAGUGCCCACAGUGCUGCGCGCGGGUCCAGUCGCUGCCGUGCCAGUGCCACGUCUGCGGCAUCACGCUCAUGUCCUCGCCGCACCUCGCCAAGUCCUACCACCACCUUUUCCCCGUCCAGCCGUUCCGGGACGUUCCGCGCGACGCUGUCGAGGGGGGGACUGGCGGCGACACCCCCCCUCGGUGCUUCGGCUGCGAGCAGCGGCUGUUCCGCACGGAGGCCGACGGGGCCGGGCGGGCGGCGGGGCUCGGCAUCACGACUGACGUGGCCGCAGAGUGCCCAGAAUGCCGACAGCGGUUCUGCAUGGACUGCGACGAGCUGAUUCACGACAAGGGGCACAACUGCCCCGGCUGCGAGCUGGCGCAGACGCAGGCGCCGCCGCAGCCCCACUCGGGCGUUGACAUGCCGCCGCCGCCGGCACGGCCCAAGAAGAGCUAG